AAUCACCGGUAGCCGCACGGCGCGUGCGCACGAAGACGCGUCCCACGUGACACGUCCACCGCGCUCACCGAACAGGCGCUCGCCACUCGAAGCAACGCGGCCGGCGCAAUGGAAGAGACGGCGGACAAGGGCGCUGCCGCGCCGCACAAGCAAGAUGGCGACACGUCCAAGAAGCAUAAGCGGCGGAGCCCGAGAGGCAGCGGCGCCCAUGGGCAGGAAGUUUUCGCGGGUGCCGGCAGUGCGGACGAGGGCAGCCCGAUGCAGAGGAGCAAGCGGCCCAAAGGCAGCCACCGCCGCCACCGGUCUCCUUCCGUUGGGCACGCCGGAGUGGAGCCCGAAGCCAAAACACUGCCGCCGGCCGGCGGGUCAUCGCAAGGCCUGCACCCCUCCAGCAGCGGGUCCGCGAGCGCCUCGAUAUCGGCAUCGGCGGCGCCGGCCCUUCCAGGCACCAGUGAUCGACCCCCGCAGCAGCCAGAGCGGCAGGUGGCUUCCCCCAACCUGCAGCUCAUGCCCACGCCCAGCGGGGGCUCUCCGGGCAGGAGGGCGGGAGCGACGGCCAGCGCCAUGCUCAGUCCUUACAACGCUGCCAUGCUCAGCCCCGCGGAACUGCCCCGACGCUCCGCAGAGGCGCCGGCGCAGCAGCCGUUGGCAGCGCAAACGACUGGCACUUUCUCCACGAGUGCGGCCGGUCUGAUGUCGCCCGACGGCGACAAAGGAGAAGGCCAGCGGGACAACGACGUCGUGCCCCUCGUUGCCGUCACGCUAGUCGCCUGCGGAAUCCUGAUCGCUGUCGUGCUCUUCAAGGUGCUGCCCAACACUACGUACACCGCGACCAAAUCGCACGCGCUGUGCAAGACGAGCGCGUGCGUGGAAUACGCCCAGCGUCUGUCGACCACGGUGAACUGGAGCAUCGACGCCUGCCGCGACUUUUACAGCCACGUCUGCAAAGGCUGGAAAGCCGGCGAGUCGGUGAUGAGUGACCUCGCGAGCCGCUUCUCGGUAGAGGCGGUCAAGGCUCUGACGUCCGCAGGAAAGGUGAGCACCGCGCGAGCGGCACAGAGCGCGGUGCAAAAAGCGGCCCUGCUGUACCAAUCCUGCGAGAAGGUCAUCACCGCAGGCCAGAGCGAGCUGGGCCGCUUCGGACCCAUGCUCAGGGACGUCGGCGUGCACUGGCCCAACCAAAAUCCGAGCCCGGAUGUGCUGCGGACACUGCUCAGGCUCAUCUCCAAGAUGGCACUCCACGUCCUCUUCAGCAUUAAGGAGCAGCAGGAGCCCGUGCGAGACCGGAACGUCUCGGUGCUCGAGGUGCGCGCGGUGACGCGCUACCUGAACGAAGCCAAGCGGCGCCGCGAGCGAAACGAGGCGAGCGGGAAGGCCAAGGACUACUACGGAGCCCUGUUCGACGCCUUCAACGCCAAGGGGAGUCCCAGCGUGGACUACGACGCGUUCCGGCACAUCGAGCAGGACGGGCUCGCCGCGUUCGCGCCUGCCCUCGAGCCAGCGAACAGCAGCGACGAGCUCGACUACACGACGCCGCCGCAGACUGGACUCGAGAGGCUCGCCAGGGCCACGCCGGACAUAUCCGAGCAGCGAUGGGAGACGCAAUUGCGCGAGCAGAAGAUUCUCGCUUCGGAGUCCAGCGCAACGCUCGCGGUCUCCUCACGGGCGGCGACGGUGCUCGGAGCGCUGAGCAGUCUGGUCAAGCGACGCGGCGAGAUGGACGCCGAGCUGUUUGUCGGCUGGCUCGUGCUACAGGAGGUGGCGCCGUUGGUCAGCAAGGACCUCGCGGAAGCAAUCGACGUCGCAGGCAACGUCGUCGCCGGCCACCAACAGCGCUGCCUGGCGCUAGCCGAAAUGCUCCUCGGCUGGGCCGUUCUCGCACCUUUCACGGACAGCGCCGCCUCGCUCACCACUCGCCUGUCUAUUGAGUCAACCCCGUUCCCCGUGCGAAAGAGCUCAUCGCAGCAGGGUGAAACAGUGACUCCUUCGACAGGCUGGAUCACGAGUUUCAGCGAAGGUCGUGUCUGA